AUGGCCGUUGAUCAUGAGAGAUUAACCCAAAAGCCAAGGCGCAAACAACCCUCAUUCUCCUCCUCCCUCCUCGACGCCAUCUACCGAUCCAUAGACGAGACCGGCGCGCAAAACGACAUCCAAGAUUUCGACCUCCACAAAAGAAAAAACGGCCCGCAAAAAAUCGAGAAGGAAAUCGAGAGCCUCCGCCGCGCCAUCAUGAUCGAGAAAUGGAUCGAAAAUCCAACUCAUCACGUGACGCCGUCAAACUCGUCGGGCUCGUCCAUCGAGUCGACUCGGUCGAGCACGUUCUCCCCCACCGACACCGAGACGUCGUCCUCCGCCUCGAAAAAAUCGUCCCGGAAUACCAAAAAUACCCCUCCCACAACCGAGGCCCAACCGAAGCGCGACGGGAAGCUGACGAUCGCAAAAAUCCGCGCGCGCAAGAUUUACGGCGAGUUGAAGAAGGCGAAAGAGCCGAUCUCGCCCGGCGGGAGGAUUUCGAGUUUUUUGAACGCGAUUUUCAGCCCGAGAGCUUCGAAAAAUAACCCGGCCCGGGAAGACGAGAGGGGCCCGAAAAACUCGGUUACGAAGUCGCGAUCGGUAAACGAGUUUGCGUCGAGGUCGUGCUUGAGCAAGAGCCAAUUUUCUAGUAGAGGUAUAAUUAGUAGUAGCAAUAAUGUUAAUAAUAACAACAACAACAACAAUAUUAUGAUGAUCAAUGAUAAAAAGAGUAAAUUUACUAGGUCCGUUAGGUUCUUAGUAGAUGAAAAUAAUAAGGGAUUAUACGGUGAAGAAUAUUUGACCGGGCCAAACGGGCCGGUCGUGGGCAGUCGGUAUAUUAAGAAAAAUAUCGAUAGCCUUCGGCUUCACGACGCGAAAAACGUGAAAAAACAUGAAUUUAGAGAGAGUAAUUAUUAUUAUCAUCAUCAUCAUCACAAGGAAGAGAGUGAGUUUGAUGACAUGAUGAGCUGUGCCAGCUCGGAUCUUUUUGAGCUCGAGAAUAUCGGGCGGGCCGGGCCGGGCGGCAUGGGAGGAUAUGAAGAAGAGCUGCCUGUUUAUGGGACCACAAGUUUUAAGAUGAAUCAGGUCAUUCGUGGUGGGUUUGUAAUAUAA